ACAGCCUCUCACCACCUGCCCCUGCCCCAGGAACUACACUUCCCGGCAGGCGCUGGAGCGGCACCACGGCUCCCAGCGUGCUCCCGAGAGCGGCAACGCCCCUGGCUCCAAGCCGAGGGGCUGCAGGUUAGGGCUCUAGCCCAGCCGGGAGCUGCUCUGGACGCAGGGCCCAGCCACCCCUUCCACAGAAUGCCUGAGGGUCCUGAGCUGCACCUGGCCAGCCACUUUGUGAAUGAGGCAUGCAAGGGGCUUGUGUUUGGCGGGUGUGUGGACAAGUCACCCAUCAGCCGCAACCCCGAGGUGCCCUUUGAGAGCAGUGCCUACUGCAUCUCAGCCUCAGCCCGCGGCAAGGAACUGCGUCUUAUACUGAGUCCCCUGCCUGGAGCCCAGCCCCCACGGGAGCCACUGGCCCUCACCUUCCACUUUGGCAUGUCUGGCUCCUUCCAGCUGGCACCUGGUGAUGCGCUGCCACCCCAUGCCCACCUGCGCUUUUACACAGCUCCACCCGGUCCCCGACUGGCCCUCUGCUUUGUGGACAUCCGCCGCUUUGGCCGCUGGGACCUUGGGGGCCGAUGGCAGCCCGGCCGUGGGCCUUGUGUCUUGCUGGAGUAUGAGCAGUUCAGGAAAAAUGUGUUACGAAACCUAGCGGACAAGGCCUUUGACCGGCCCAUCUGUGAAGCCCUCUUGGACCAAAGGUUCUUCAAUGGCAUUGGAAACUAUCUGCGGGCAGAGAUCCUGCACCGGCUGAAGAUACCCCCCUUCCAGAAGGCCCGCACAGUUCUGGAGGCACUACAGCAGCGCAGGCAGAGCCCAGAACUGACCCUGAGCCAGAAGAUCAGGGCCAAGCUGCGGAACCCGGACUUGCUGGAGCUGUGCCACUCAGUGCCCAAGGAAGUGGUCCAGCUGGGGGGCAAAGGUUAUGGGCCAGAGAGUGGGGAGGAGGACUUUGCUGCCUUCCGGGCCUGGCUGCGGUGCUACAGCAUCCCCGGCAUGAGCUCUCUGCGGGACCGGCACGGCCGCACCAUCUGGUUCCAGGGGGAUGCUGGACCCCUGGCACCCAAAGGGGACACGUUCCGCAUGAAGAAAUUCAAGGGAGCACAGUGGGGUCCUGAGGACAGAGUGGAGGACCCUCCACUUCCAAGCAAGCCCCGUUCCAGGACACGCAGGGCACGGAGAGGCCCACCUGAGCAACCUACAGCCCAGCAGCCCAAGGGGCCCAGCAUCCAGCAGGAUCCAGAAGACCCCCCAGUCCCUGGAACGGGGAAGAGGACGGGAUGAUUGGCGACCUCGGGCCGCUGCAGAGCCCAGAAACCAAAAGAUCCAAGGCUGAUACCCUAUCCUUGGAGCCUGAGAGGACAUCAGCGUCCUAGCAGGAUGGUCUCCUUCCUUGCAUCCACCUCACCCCACUGGACCUGGUGGCCUGUGCCGCUCCUUAAAUGCAGGAGGUAGUUGCAGGGGGCUGGCUGCCCAUGGCCCUGUCGGCUGUUCCAUGCACGACUAUGAUGUUUUUAAUUGUAACCCACCUUCCCCAUUUUUUAAACCCAUGGGAAAAAUGCUGUAACUUUUUAUAAACUGAUGAACUUCUUGGUGCCUCUCGGACCGGCUGCUAAAGGUCUGGGAAAGCCACGUUGGGAGGGCCUGCUGCCAGCCCUGGGGACAGGUGGGCCUCUUCUUCACCACGUCAGACUGAGCCCCACGCCAGUCCUGAAAGCCCUGGCUCCCAGGAGACAGUCUGCCUCUGCCGAGACAUCCCCCCAGAGGUAGUGUGGAGAUGCAGGCCCCGAGCAGCCCAGGCUCCAUAGCCCCCCCAAUACAGGAGUCCUGAGGGCCUGUGGCUGUUCCCGACCCUGACUAGUCAAUGCUCCUCUUGGUGGGAGCCAACCAGAACUCACCGUCUGGCCCUCUCCCCAGCCCCAGGUCCUCGGCCUGCUGACACGGGAGGAGCUUCCUACUGCACGGUCUCUUAGCUUGUAGUCCCGGAUACCCUCAAUCUCUGUCAUGGGGCUGCAGCCCCAAUCUGCACACACACAACCUUAGGUCUGCUUGCUCCUGCCCCCAGGUGCCUGGGGAAAA